UUCUGCUCCAGCAUCGAGCCCCGCAAAGAAGCAGUUAGGCAAAAUGAUGUCUAGAGGGAUGGCUGGAGGGUUAACUGAAGCCAGACCUGCCACUCCAGAAAUCCAGGAGAUUGCUGAUAGGGUUAAACCACAACUUGAAGAAAAAACAAAUCAGACUUAUGAAGAAUUUAAAGCUGUGGAGUAUAAAACUCAAGUGGUUGCUGGAACAAAUUACUACAUUAAGGUGCAAGUAGGUGAUAAUAAUUAUAUUCAUCUGAAAAUAUUCAAAAGUCUUCCUCAACAAAAUGAGUCUUUGACACUUACUGGUUACCAGACUGACAAAAGGAAAGACGAUGAGCUGAAGGGCUUUUAGCGGCAUGUUCAAAAGUGGGCUGAUUCCUUCCACUGGCUACUGAUUAAUGACCCCUGCUAAUAAAUGUAACUAUCAAUAAAGAAGCAUUGCUUUUCAAAUAAAUUGACUUCUUCAACUA